AGCAAAGUUAAAAGCCAUUUAAUCAAAUCUAGAGGCAAGUGUACCUACCAACCGAGGGGCAGAUAAAAGUUAAUGUACAAUAAUUAAUUCAAAACUAAAAAACCCUAGCUAUUCACAACUAGUUUUACUAGUUUGAGUAUACAAAAUAGCCAUAUGGUCGACCAUUCACUCGUCUAUAAAUAAAGCUACUUGUUCAUGUAUGUCUGCUCAAAAACUCAACUUUCCAUAUCAAAAAUGGUUGAACCAAAGGGUCGACCAGUUGGUGCCACAGAGUACAGUUGGUGUCGUGCUGUGCCCGGUGGCACUGGCAUAGCUGUGCUAGCACUUCAUACCUCCAAAGCCCCAGAUGUUACCUUCCUCCAAAAAGCCCUACAUAAGCUCCAAAACUCUCACCCAAUCCUCAAGUCCAGGCUUAUUUCCAAUACUUCCACAAACACCUUUUCCUUCCUCACUUCACCAACUCCUUUUGUUCAAGUCAGAUCAUUCAAUCCCUCAUCAACUUUUCAUAUUUUAGACAACUUGGCUAAUAAGCCUAGCAACCAGGAAGUGUCACAUUUCCAUUUGAUCCUUGAACAUGAAUUGAAUUUAAAUAGUUGGCAUUAUACUAGAAAUAUUAAUGGUAGUAGUCCGCCACAUAAUUGCACUGAUAUGUUUUUUGCUAGCAUCUAUGCUUUAUCCAACAGCAAGUGGGUAGUGGUGCUGCGGCUUCAUGUGUCGGCAUGUGACCGCACCACCGCGGUGUCGUUGCUGAGAGAGUUGUUGGUUUUGAUCGGUGAAGGUGAAAGCAGAGGGAUUCAGACGGAAAUGGAGAAGAAAGGAGAGGUCAAUUUGGGGAUUGAGAAGCUCAUCCCUUCUGGGAAGGCUAAGAAGCCUUUGUGGGCACAUGGAGUUGACAUGCUUAGUUACUCUGUGAAUUCAUUGAGGCUAACAAAUUUGAAAUUCGAAGAUACUAGAUCGUCUAGAUCUUCUGAGGUGGUAAGGUUGCAGCUGAACCAAAAUGAUACUGAGAAGAUUCUUAUUGGGUGCAAAUUGAGGGGGAUUAAACUGUGUGGAGCAUUGGUGGCUGCUGGAUUAAUGGCUGCACAUAAAUCUAAAAACCGAGUGGGUCACCAAAUGAAGAAGUAUGGAGUAGUGACCCUCACUGAUUGUCGCUCACUUCUUGAUCCACCUCUUUCCACUCAUCAUUAUGGAUUUUACCACUCUGCCAUCCUCAACACCCACUCCAUUAAAGGAGGAGAGGAGCUGUGGGACCUGGCCAAGAAGACCUACGGGGCUUUCGCGAACUCCAAGAACUCGACCAAACACUUCUCGGACAUGGCCGACCUGAACUUCCUGAUGUGCAAGGCCGUAGACAACCCGGCUUUGACCUCGUCGUCUUCCCUGAGAACCUCUUUCAUGUCGGUGUUCGAGGACACGGUGAUCGACGAUUCCGACGAGACGGGGCGUGGUCAGGUGGGGCUGGAGGACUACAUGGGUUGCGCAUCCGUGCACGGCGUCGGACCUUCCAUCGCAAUCUUUGACACCAUAAGGGAUGGUCGGCUCGACUGCGUAUGCGUUUAUCCCACGCCGUUGCACUCCAGGGAGCAGAUGUUUGAGUUGGUUCAUAACAUGAAGACGAUUCUCUUGGUUGCUAGCCAGUAAUUAACUUUGGUGGCCCGUUUAUUUUUUAUUGCAUUGUUAUUUUCGUCGUCGUCGUUGUCGUUGUUGUUGGUUUUUUUUUUUUUUUUUUUUUUUUUUUUUUUUUUUUGUAAAUUAUAGUGACUUUAUAACUAAAAGUAUAAUUUCUUAAAUUUAAUAACUAAACGAUUCCUGUCCCAAAAAAAAAAAAAAUGAUAUGGUCCGCAUUUUUGUGUUUGCUGUAACGUCAAAUGAGAUCUGUCACUAUACGAACCCGAAGGCCAUGUUAUGCGCAUUGAAUGGGGCUGUGAAAUUUGAACCAUGUACGAAAAUGGUCCAAACUUAUGGCUUAGCCUCUUCGACCUUUCUAUUGCAAAUCGUGGGGCCGAGGUUUUGUCUUUAUUUCAUAGGUAUGUAUGAUGGAUAUGUAUGGUUCAGUUGUGGGAUGCCUACAUAUUUCAGAAAAUAAACGUGUAUACUCAUCUCAUACAUGUACUAAAAUUAAGUGUGUGAGAAUUCAAUUUGAUACACAUCAAUAAUAAAUUUCGGAAACUUUUUAUGGCUUGCUUUUC